AUGGUUCUUGCAACCGAGACUAUUCUCUUAAUAACACAUUUUAUAAUUGUUUUUGUGGGUUAUUCAAAUGUAUUUAUUGAUUUUAUUGGAAAUCUUGUGAAUAUUCUUGGUUUUACUCAAUUAAGAUUAUUCCAACGAAAUCCAUCAGCACUUUACCUCACCGUGGCAUCUAUUGUUGAUUUCUCUCAACUAGUUUUUCCAAUUUCAGCUGAUAUUACUUUGGUUGGUAUGAUACCGAUUGUUAUUUCGGCAUUAUUUAGUUUGCUUGCGUAUCGAAAUGUACGUCAUAUAAUACGACGUCAAACGCCAGUAUUUCGUCGACGACUUGAUCGCCAAUUAACUGCAAUGAUUCUUUUACGUGUGUCGUUGUUUGUUUUCAAAAAUUUAUCUGACAUCAGUUUUCGAAUAUAUCAAGUUAAUAAUCCGAUUUUUCACGAUUAA